AUGGAGAACGAGCAGCUCCCAGCCCCACCGCCCUCCAGCAGCGCCGCUGGCACCGGCACUGGCACUGCCCCCACCCCCAGCAGCACUGGCACCGCUCGGCCUCCCCCGCCCCAGAUCUCCGUCUACAGCGGCAUCCCCGACCGGCAAACCGUCCAGGUGAUCCAGCAGGCGCUGCACCGGCAGCCCAACACGGCGGCGCAGUACCUGCAGCAGAUGUAUGCAGCGCAGCAGCAGCACCUGAUGCUGCAGACUGCAGCCCUGCAGCAGCAGCACCUCACCAGUGCCCAGCUCCAGAGCCUGGCUGCUGUCCAGCAGGCCAGCCUGGCAGCCAACAGGCAGAGCAGCUCUUCGGCCAGCAACAGCACCCAGCCCGCUCCGGCGCAGCAGCCCACGAUCAACCUGGCGACGUCGCCGGCACAGCUGCUGAACCGGGCCCAGGCCGUGGCGCCGGGCGCCUCGGGCAUCGCGCAGCAGGCAGUGCUGCUGGGCAACGCCGCCUCGCCCGCCCUCACCGCCAGCCAGGCACAGAUGUACCUGCGGGCACAGAUGCUCAUCUUCACACCCACGGGCCCGGUCAGUGCCGUCCGCCCCGAGAGCCCGGCGCCAGCCCCGCCACCGGCCCCGCCGCCUGCCCCCCAGCCCGCCGCCCCCCAGGUGCACAGCCUGGCCCUGCGCCCCGCCGGCCCCCACCUCCCUACCCUGGCCAUGAAGCCCCCCGGGGGUACCCCACCCCGGGCUGCCCCCCCCCGGGGGCCCCCACCUGACCCUCCUGCCGAGCACCUCAAAAAAGCCGAGGGGGCCGAUGCCCGCGCCCACCCCCUGGCUCGCGCCACCGCCCCCACUGCUGCCCACCCGCUCGUCAGCCCAGCCUACACCCCGCUGCAGCCCCCCCAGUUCCUGCAGCAGCAGCAGCCAGCACCGAAGCCGAUGCAGACGCAGCAGCAGCAGCAGUUCGUCAUCCAGCAGCAGCAGCUGGCACCCCGCGGGCAGCCCCCCCAGGGCUCCCCUGCCAACCCCCAACUCCAACCCUUACCCCCUCCCAGCCCUGGCCCGGCCCCCCAACCCAAAGUGGGGGUUCCCCAAGGAACAGGAGGGGGUGAGGGUGGUGCCCCCAACGGGCACCCCACCUGCCACACUGCUCCCCGCAAGUUCCAGCAUGCCUCUGCCGUCAUCCUGCAGCUGCAGCCCGCAGGCCCCACGCCCCCACUCGGGGUCCCCGAGGGCACCCGCCGGGACCCACCACCCGCCCCGAGGAACACCGAGAGCCCGCCCGCCGCCCCGUCGCAGCCCCCCGCCCUCUCGCCGCCCGUCGCCCCCCCGGGCCCCGACACCCCAGAGGGUGAGCGGACCCCCACGCACGAGCCGCCGGCCGACCGCCUUCAUGCGCAGCCCCCGCCCCUGGCCAGCGUUCCCGGCAUGACCUCGGGCACCGGGAGCUCUGCCGCCACCGUCGCCGGCGCUGCCCCCCACAAUGGUGAGAACAAACCCCCCCAGGCCAUCGUGAAACCCCAGAUCCUCACCCACGUCAUCGAGGGCUUCGUCAUCCAGGAAGGGGCAGAGCCGUUCCCGGUGGGCCGCUCCUCGCUGCUGGUGGGGACGCUGAAGAAGAAGUAUGCACAGGAGCUGCUGGCGGAGAAACUCCCGCAGCAGGACAACACCACCACCACCGACUCCGAGAUGGAGGAGCCCUACCUGCAAGAGUCCAAAGAGGAGGGGAACCCCCCCAAGCUGAAGUGUGAGCUCUGCGGCCGAGUCGACUUCGCCUACAAGUUCAAGCGCUCCAAGCGCUUCUGCUCCAUGGCUUGUGCCAAGAGGUACAACGUGGGCUGCACGAAGCGGGUGGGCUUGUUCCACCCCGACCGCAGCAAGCUGCAGAAACCCGGCGGGGGUCCCCCGCACGGCCGCCGCCGAGCCUGCAAAGGGACCCUGCCCGCCCUCGGCAAAGACACCAAGAAGCAGCCGCCGGUGUCCCUGCCGCCGGGCUCGGUGACGGCGUCGUUGCAGCUCAACCACAGCCAAGAAGAUUCGAGCCGCUGCUCGGACAACUCGAGCUACGAGGAGCCCCUCUCGCCCAUCUCCGCCAGCUCCUCCACCUCCCGCCGGCGGCAGGGCGACCGCGACCUGGAGCUGCGCGACAUGGAGCUGCCCGACGUGCACGUCCGCGACCUGGCCGCCAUCGGCCACCGCUUCCUGCCCAGCGAGCCCAGCAAGUGGAACGUGGAGGACGUCUACGAAUUCAUUCGCUCCCUGCCCGGCUGCCAGGAGAUCGCGGAGGAGUUCCGUGCGCAGGAGAUCGACGGCCAGGCGCUGCUGCUGCUGAAGGAGGAUCACCUGAUGAGCACCAUGAACAUCAAGCUGGGGCCGGCGCUCAAGAUCUACGCUCGCAUCAAUAUGCUGAAGGACUCCUAGAGCCGGCCGCUGGGGGGGGGGGCACCCAUGGGACA